AUGCAGAAAGACUUCGCAGGUUUUCGAGCAAACUUGGCCUCUAUGGUCAACGGAAUGGAAGGCUCUGGCAUGGACAUCACCAGUUUCAUAUUCUGGGGAUUUGUAUUCACAGAUUCCAACGUGUUGACCUACUAUAUCGGUUAUGGACAUCAACUGUCGGAUUUGGAUAACAUUUUUGACGUGUUGGUGUUUUCCACUUCUUCGCCGAAUCAACCUUUUCUUUCACAAAUCAUACAGGCUCAGCAAUUUUACGGAGACACUCGCGCUUUCUCGAACGUUCUCGUCUUUACGGACUCUGGUGCGUCUGAUGCUGGUCCUCCAAGCGAUCUCUUCUCUGCGAAUACAAAUGAACAGAUUUUGAUAUCGCUUGUGAACACAUGGCAUAAUAAGGCAAGCAGGUUCUUCAAGCUUUUAGAUAUAGCCGUAAAUAGUCGCACAUAGCG